AUGUCAUCAAUUAGAGCUCUUCAUCUACAACCUGCCCUGCGAGCAUCCACACUCCGCCGCCCCCUGCAACACACCGUCCGCCGGACCUAUGCUGUGAAGGAACCCGCCCAGCCAACGCAGUCACAACACGGCGGAAAACAGCCCGGGUCAGAUCAGAAAGCCCCGACGUCGCCCGAUCAACUCAGCGACAGGUCAACAAUUUUCCUCGUCGCGGGAGUGGCAGUGGCGGUCGGCGGCUUCUUCGCCUUCCUCAUGGGGUCCCCCGACCGCGCCGCCGGUGUGGCCGAGAACAGCACCCGCGGAGGCAAUGGCUCGGCUCUGCCUGGCUACGGGUCUAAGCCGUCGAGCGAGCGGCAUCUGGAGGAGACAACGGGGCGGGAUCCCCGACGGCAAAGCGGUUUGGCGGGGAUGAAGAGCGAGCAGACGGACCCGAAUCAGGCCAAGGCCAGGAACUGA